CUCCAGUAGGAGGAGAGGAGCUCUGUUCACCGAGAGGGAGCUCAAUCCUUUCUCUUGCAGCUCAGUCCUGCACCUCAUCUUCACAACGCCACAACCAAUCACAACUGUGGCUAUGGGAGACUGCUAAUUAGAUAAUUGGAUUUUAUUUGUUCAAUGAAGUGGACAGAAAGCGACAGAAGAAGGGGUCUGAGGAGAAGACAAGGGAACCGACCCAAUUCCUGAAAAAUCUGAAGGAUGGAUUUAUUGGGUCCCCAGGGCCUUUUUCUGGAAAAUAUCAGAGCAUCCUGCGGAUAAAUAGACCGCCAUCAGAAGUGGAACAUCUCCGGCCACUGGGAAGGUUCCAUCCUCAGCACCAGAGACAGAAAAGCAUCUUCUAUUCAUCUUGCUGGACUGGAAAUUGAUGUGCUGCUCCAACAAGAUGGAAUCCUAGUGCAGCUGCACAGACAGAAAAACAACAAGAGGACAGUGGCAGAGGGAAGGAUGGAGGGGAAGGAAGACUGUGAGAGGUUCCCUGCACUGCUGUGUGACUAGAAACCAUAAUUACAUCACAAAGGAGAAAUUAUUUCACUGGGAAAACAGAGCUGCUUGGGGGGGGUGGGCUGCUGGAACGACAGAUACACACAUUGGGGAGGGGGAGAAUCGCCUGCAGCUUGCAGGGCAGCAAGAGAACGGACAUUUUCUUUCCCUUUCGGCUGAGAAAUCUAUGGCACACCUUGUCGCCCUGCGUCUAUUCACCUCUGUGCAGCAAAGCAGGAGAUCUGCAGCUGUGUGCCGCGGGCCCUGCAGGUGCAGCUGAUGGCAGAUUUGCUGCAAUUUGCCUUCUGCUUGUUGUCUGGACUGAAGAGGAAUUAAAGACAAGAAGCAAAUUAUUGGGCAGAAGUGCAUUUUGUAUAGAAAGCUUUCUUGUGUUCCAUGGAGGAGAAAAGGGGGGAGUCGUGAUUAAAUCCCCUCAGAGAUGCAGGAGGGAGGAGGCGAGAGCCGGAGACGUGUAUUUACCGAAGACAAAAAUACACAGAAAAAAUAUUAUUAAAUUAUGAAAAUUGAAGAUGGUCACUCAUCGUUGCACCCUCGGAAUGCCUGGUUUGAAGAUUUGUAGGAUGAUUUUGAAGCAACUUUUACUAAUCUCAUGGGUCACAAGUUUGGCCCUGGGAGGUACAAAUCCAACAUCUUGUCCUGCUGUCUGCUCAUGCAGCAAUCAGGCCAGUAGAGUUGCCUGCACACGGAAAGAACUGGUUGAAGCACCAGACGGCAUCUCUGUCAAUACGCGAUACCUGAACCUUCAGGAAAAUAUCAUUCAGGUCAUCAAAACAGACACUUUCAAGCACCUUCGCCAUCUGGAAAUUCUACAGCUCAGCAAAAACCGAAUUGGGAAGAUUGAGGUGGGAGCUUUUAAUGGACUCCCGAAUCUCAGUACACUUGAGCUUUUUGAUAAUCGUUUGACAACUGUUCCAACACAAGCCUUUGAAUAUCUAUCGAAGCUGAGGGAGUUGUGGUUGAGAAAUAAUCCAAUUGAGAGUAUCCCAUCCUAUGCUUUCAACAGGGUUCCGUCUUUGAGACGGCUUGAUUUGGGGGAGCUUAAGAUUCUACAAUACAUUUCUGAAGCUGCUUUUGAAGGUCUUGUAAAUUUGAGAUAUCUGAACCUAGGGAUGUGCAAUUUAAAAGAUAUCCCCAACUUAACAGCACUUGUCCGGCUGGAAGAACUAGAGCUGUCUGGAAAUCGUCUGGAAAUUAUUCGACCUGGAUCUUUUCAAGGGUUAACAAGUCUUAGAAAGCUGUGGCUGAUGCAUGCUCAUGUUGCAACAAUAGAGCGCAAUGCAUUUGAUGAUCUGAAAUCCUUGGAGGAACUUAACCUUUCUCAUAACAAUUUAAUGUCUCUUCCCCAUGACCUUUUUACACCUCUUCACCGCCUGGAGCGAGUACACCUUAACCAUAAUCCUUGGCACUGCAAUUGUGAUGUGUUAUGGUUGAGUUGGUGGCUAAAAGAGACUGUACCCAACAAUACAACCUGUUGUGCUCGAUGUCAUUCCCCACCAAACCUAAAAACAAGAUACAUUGGAGAACUAGAUCAGAGUCAUUUCACAUGCUAUGCACCUGUCAUUGUGGAGCCUCCAACUGACCUCAAUGUAACUGAAGGUAUGGCAGCUGAACUUAAAUGUAGAACUGGCACAUCAAUGACUUCUGUAAACUGGUUAACACCAAAUGGUACCUUGAUGACUCAUGGCUCUUACAGAGUUCGAAUCUCUGUCCUUCAUGAUGGAACACUGAAUUUUACAAAUGUGACAGUCCAGGACACUGGUCAGUACACAUGUAUGGUUACAAACUCAGCAGGAAAUACAACAGCAUCUGCUACACUUAAUGUGUCUGCUGUUGCUGAUCCAACUACAACUGAUUACACAUAUUUUACUACUGUGACAGUGGAAACAAUGGAUUCAUCACCAGAGGAGAUAAAGCCCUCUGAGAAGGAGCCUGGUCCAACUCCAACAGUUCGAUGGGGAAACACAUAUUCCACCACAUCCCUUACCACACGCAGUACACACUCCACAGAGAAGACAAUCACUAUUCCAAUAACGGACGUGACAGGAAACAUUAUGAAAGAUUUAGAUGAUGUCAUGAAGACAACAAAGAUCAUUAUUGGCUGUUUUGUGGCUAUCACUUUUAUGGCAGCAGUGAUGCUUAUUGCAUUUUACAAACUGCGUAAACAGCACCAGCUACAUAAGCAUCAUGGGCCAACGCGAACUAUUGAGAUAAUUAAUGUAGAGGAUGAAAUACCAGCCACUGUCCCAGGAGACAACCACAUGGCACUACCAGCGAUUGAGCAUGACCACCUUAACCACUAUACUGCAUUCAAAGCUCAUUAUAACAACAAUACAGGAACCCUUAACUGUGCCAAAAAUCCCAUGCUUAACUCCAUUCACGAACCUCUUUUGUUUAAAAGCAGCUCAAAGGAAAAUGUGCAAGAAACACAAAUUUAGCUCAAUAAAUUGAACAUUUAAUGGGAGUGUCCGACCAGAAAUAAACUUUUCCCAGAGAAUGAGAAUAGACAGUUUCUAACUGUACUUUGAGUCUCUCUGGGUUAGUCUUCACUCAGAAUUCAUCUUCUUGUCUUCAAUUUUCCAUACAAACAGACAGAGCCACUCCAACUGAAGCACUGACACACAAUGAAGACUCUUUUGAUAACUUCAAAGGGAUAUUUCACUCUCUGACUACCUGAUGAAUUACUAAAAAAAGGAUAAAAAAAAGAAAAAA